AUGGGGUCGUUAUUUCAGCUGCGCGAUUAUUGGCGCCAAUCCUUUCCCGGAGAGGAAUUCUCCCCCUCCUGCAUCGCCGUCGGGGAUCUAGACAACCAAGAUGCUGAAAAUAAAAUCGCCAUCGGAUCCUUCCAGGGUAUGCUUCGUCUCUUUCAACCCAGUAGUUCCCCCACCUUGGACACCCCGUCGCCGGAGGAUUUACUCUUCGAGCAACGCCUGGGUGAGCCGAUUCUUCAAAUCGCCUACGGCUCCUUCGAGCCGCUCGCGCCGGGGGUUCGUCGAAACCUUCUCGCGGUUCUCUUCCCAUACAAAUUACGCCUCCUGUGCAUCGAGCGGUGUGGAGGAGGGGGGAGUGAAGGGCGGGACGAAUCCAAGCCUGGGGAGGAAAAGGAAGCGAGUCUGAUUUCCGCCACCUAUUAUUACCGCUGCCCCGUGGUGUUUACCGUCGAGUUCGAUCACCCCACCUACAAUUUCACCACCGGUCCGUUUGGCGGGGUCGAUUACGAUCGUCUGUGCGUGCAGGGGAUGAACGGGCGGUGGAGCGUCGUGGAUCGCGGGCGAAUUCUCUGCGCGUGCAGCCUCCCUCGCGAUGGGUUCGUCGCCCCCGGCUGCCUCACCUACUGCGCGGCGCGGGAUUCGUUUCUGACGGGAAGCGCCUCCCUCCACCUGCUUUGUUAUCCUUUCGCGAGGCUCACGAGCGCGGCGGAAGGGGAGUCGGAGGGCAACGCGGCCUCCGCAGGGGGACGUCUUGCCCCGUCCUGGGGCUUUCCGCUCGGGGAGGAGAUCCUCGCGGUGGCGGUGUGUCGCCUCAGCCGCGGGCUCGACGCGACGGCGGUCGAAAUCGUCGUGCUCGGCCCCUUCACCCUCUGCGUGGUUUCCCUCGACGGGCGCUGUUGCUACCGGCGGCCGCUCACCACCGAGGCGGCCUGCCUGCACCCCUUUCCGCUUUCCAAUCGCUUUCAUAACGUCCUCGUCGGGGGGUGGGAUGGAUCGGUGGGGGUGUUUUCGGAUGGCGUGCUCGAAUGGCGCGCGCGGUUGGGAUCCGGCGGGGCGCCGCUCGCCCUCCACGUCGGGAAACUCGCCGGGAUCGACGGGAUGAUCCUCUCGCUCACCGGGGAGGGGGUGCUGGGGGUGAGUUAUUUGGGAACCGAUCCCGCCUCCCGCCGGCCCGCGCCCGUUCUCGAAGCCCAGGUGAGGAGCUACGCCGAGAUGCGAGGGGAACUUCGCCAGGUGGAGCGCCGCCUGAAGGCGAUUCAAUCGGGGAAACCCCCCCCUAGCGAGGCCGCGGCAUCCUCGAUGGAGUGGCCCUCGGUGGAUGCCGCGUCCGGGAAGGGGGGGGAGCCCCCGCCCCGGCGCGGUCGAGGCGGUCUUCACGAUCCCCCUGACGUUUGA